CGGGCCGCCUAGCAGCACCUUCCCAGAAGGAUGGUGCGGCUCGGUGGUCGGUUUAAGUCUCUUCGGGCCGGACUGGGCACCCGGGCUUCCUUUUCUGGCGCCGAGAUGCCAAAGAAAGCUAGUGCGACGAACAAGAGUAAAAGCCAAAGCAAGGAAGCAGAGAGACCACUUCCUCCCUUAGGUCCUGUGGCAGUCGAUCCUAAAGGUUGUGUUACCAUAUCCAUCCAUGCCAAACCUGGCUCCAAACAAAAUGCUGUAACAGAUUUGACAACUGAAGCCGUAAAUGUAGCUAUUGCAGCACCUCCGUCAGAUGGAGAGGCUAAUGCUGAGCUCUGUCGGUAUCUUUCCAAGGUUUUAGAACUCAGGAGGAGUGAUGUGGUUUUGGAUAAGGGUGGUAAAUCUCGUGAAAAGGUGGUGAAGCUUUUGGCCUCUACAACUGCAGAAGAAAUCUUGGAGAAAUUAAAAAAGGAAGCCGAAAAAAAAUAAAAUCAAAAAAUGAAAAGUA